AUGGAUAUUGAUAUUCGAAAUUUUUUAAAAGUUCACAAUCCUCGGGAGGAUUUUCCGAACAUUUCAGGUUCAAUUGAAAUUCAAAGGAAUGUAAAGUUUGGCAGAAUGAUUGUUGCAACUGAAGAUUUACUUCCUGGGACAGUCAUAUGUAUUGAGGAGCCAUUCUUCAUGUCAUUGGAUAAAAAAGAAGUCCAAACAAGAUGUGGAUUGUGCCUAAAAAAGCUGAUAUCUUCAGUCACGUGUCCAUCCUGUAAGUCACUUAAGUUCUGUUCAGAGAAAUGCCAAAUUAAUUGUUAUAAGUACUUCCAUAAAUUCGAGUGCGCAAAUUUCCAUGAACUUGAUUCCGAUGACAAUUUUCUAUUGAUGAUGAAUCGAAUGCUAUAUAAAUCAAUAAGCACAAGUGGAAGUUUAGAAGAGUUGAAUACGAUAAUCGAGACAAUUGACAAGUCAUUGACAUUAUUUGAUUCCACUGAAUUAAAAAUUGACAAAAAGUUACUGUCAUGCUGCUUCAAUUUAGAAUGUGGAAAUGUUAAAGAUGACUUUACGUUUAUUGACUCUUGUGUCAAAAGUCCAUUUCUUAGAAAUUUAAUAACUUCCAAAUAUGAACAGGACAUUCUUAAGAAAAUUAUUCUGAAGAUUCUUGGGAUACUUAAUCGCAAUUCCUUUACAAUAAGCUUCAAAACUGAUUCAGCUGGUGCACUCUACCCAUUUGCAUCACUAAUCAACCAUUCCUGCUCACCCAACUUAGAUAAGAUUAAUUUAGGAAAUAAGGCAUUAUUCAUAUCCAAUAAACCAAUAAACAAGCAUGAACAAUUAUUCUUGAGCUAUCGAAGACCAUUCUAUUUUGAUUCAGUACAAAAACGACAAAAAUCAAUAUACCGACAGUUUAAUUUUACGUGCGAAUGUGAAGCAUGUAGGAAUGACGAAUUAUUUACACAAUAUUAUGAAAGUUCCAGUGACCUCAAAAAUAUUUCAAAAAUCAAUUCUUUCAAGCUUUACAGAGCAAGUUGUAUCUAUAUUCAAAAUAAUAUAAAAGAUUAUCCUAAUCUGGAACUUAUCCAAGCAAUUUACAGCAAUAAAAAAUUCCUUCAGAAUGUACUGGAUGAAUACUAA